UGCAGGUUGGAGUUCAUUCUAAAUCGUCUGGCGUUAAGUCGUGUACAUUGCUGCAAGUGUAAAGGAGUACGCAGUGUCGACAUUUCCACCAUUUGUGACUGUCAGGACUUGGUUAUAGUGACCGCUGACUUCACAGACUCACUUUAUGUGUUAGCUGCACAGAGGUGGAACAUGAGCGCCUUCAUGAUUCUCACGACAGGCCAGAAGAUGCCCACGGUCGGCCUCGGUACAUGGAAGAGUGCCCCGGGACAGGUGAAACAGGCCGUGCUGACAGCUUUGGACUGCGGCUACAGACACAUUGAUUGCGCGGCAGCGUAUUGCAAUGAACAGGAGGUGGGAGAGGCUCUGGCUCUCAGGGUCGGUCCGGGCAAGGCUUUGUGUCGUGACGAAGUGUUUGUGACGUCUAAACUGUGGAACACCAAACACGAGCCCUCAGAUGUUGAGGAAGCAUGCAGGACCACCCUGGCCCACCUGGGUCUCUCCUAUGUGGACCUCUAUCUGAUGCACUGGCCCAUGGCCUUUCAACCGGGAAAGGAGCUGAUGCCUCGACGGGAAGACGGAAGUGUGUGUUACUCAGACAGACACUAUACAGACACUUGGGGCGCCAUGGAGGACCUCGUAGACCGAGGCCUGGUCAAGGCCAUUGGGCUGUCCAACUUCAAUACCAGGCAGAUGGAUGACAUCAUCAGAAUGGCCAGACACAAGCCUGUGGUAAACCAGGUGGAAUGUCAUCCAUAUUUGUCCCAAGCAGAUCUGUUGGCUCACUGUCAGUCAGCGGCAGUUUGCUUGACAGCCUACAGUCCUCUGGGCAGCGGGGAUCGACCCUGGGCCUCUGCCGAGGAACCUUGUCUCCUGCAGGAUCCCCAACUGGGAGAAAUAGCUCAGCGACUCCACAAGACACCUGCCCAGAUCAUACUCAGGUGGCACAUUCAGAGGGGCGUCGUGUGCAUCCCCAAAAGUGUGACCACCUCCAGAAUCCAUCAGAACCUGCAGGUUUUUGACUUUUCCCUGUCAGAGGAGGACAUGAAGCUGAUUGCCGCUUUAAAUCGCAGCCAACGCUUCAUCGCCCCAACAGUCGAGAGGGAUGGCAAGAGACUUUGGAGAGAUGCUGAACACCCUUAUUUCCCAUUCAAUGACCCUUACUGAGUCAAUAUUACCUGCACCUCAUGUGCAAUUUGUCAUUUAAUAUCUCAAAAUCAAUUUAGGAUUACUCAAGUCAUCUAUGUGAUAAUUAGUACACAAAUCAAUUCUGAGAAUUUUCAGUAUUAUAUAUUGUAGUUUUGAAAAACUGCUUCCUCACACCUUUCUGUUAAGGGUUUUAAGACAAAUUAAGGAUUUUACAUUUUGGGGUGGCCCAUGACCCUGUAUUCCACCAGAAUAGAUCGGAGCUUCCUUUAGUAAGAUGACCAUUCUGAAAGCAGUUACUAAAGGCUCAUUAAUGGGAUGUUAAAUCAUAUACCUUGAUACAAAGCAGAAGGGGGGGGGGGGGGAACGUUUGCUCUUUAUUCACAGUUUUGAAGGGAGACUAUUACAAUUUUUAGUCACCAAUUACUUUAUCGACACCCACAUUUCACUAUGCCUCUCCUGUUAAAAAGAUUUGUAGGGCUGUCAGUUAUAUUUAGUAUAUGCCAUGGGCUUUUUUAAAAAAAAUAAUAAUAAAGUGGACGAAAUUAGUUUGGACACACCUGAAGUAAACUUUUCCCCAACAGUAAACUGCAUAAUGCCAUAGACAGCCUAAUGUCUCAGUAUUGCUCUGCAGACAACAAUAAACCAUAUGUUGCUGUACAUGUCUGACUCUGAAUGUCACUGCAGGCAUCAGUAAACCACUAAUCCAUGAGGUUGCUAAAUAUCGCUGCAGGCAAUACCAAUUCAGCCCAGCAGUAUUAUUGUAAGCAAAAUUGCAGCGGUACCAUGAGACGGAAAGCUUGAAACCCUUUUCAAGCUUGGCUCUACCAUUGCAUUUACCUUCCAAUCAGAAGUUCACAUGCCACUGAACAACAAAUGCGGAAAUGGCCCCCCGCUCCACUAAAAGCGGUCGAGAACCACCAUGGGUGUCAACCAUUGUCCACUUAAAGCUUCCUAAUAGUUAUGACAAUAGCUUGUCAAAAGAUGUUGGCACAGAUUGAUUGCGGACCAAAUUGCAAUUGGGAGUGCAGGAAUAGACAAGUGACAGUGUCACAUCAAAGAACAAUUCGAGAGAGGGGAGACAGGAAUGUGUCAUUUGAAGCAGAGACAUUUGUAACACGUGAGAUUUUAUUUUCAACAACAUAACCUUGACAAAUUUAAUACAUUAUAUGCUACUGUUUUAUUUUUAAAAAACAAAAGUAAUUUAGCAAUUUUUUUUUCUCCAUUUCUCAAGGUCUAGCAUAGAAUCCCGCCACUAACUAUCAUAUAGUAUACUGAAAACGAGGCCACUCAAUAAACCCCCCCCUCCCCCCCCAUUGGAAAAGCUCCAUCACUCACCUUCCAUUUGCAAACAUCCCCUUCUCCCUGCCCACAACAAAGCCAGGGCAAGCCAAGUGGCAACAUGCUGUCUCCGAGGGAACUCAUACAAAAAACAGGAACAAAAGAAAGAAGCACAAAGUCCUAAAAAGGUGGAAUCUGGUGAGAAUUUGUACAGGUGUUAUCCCUGUGCUGACCACUAUGGGGCAGUGUACACAUUUAUCCAUAAAGGUCGUCGUCGUUAUCUUCAUUGAAAACGGGACCGGUGCCACUUCCUCCUGAGCCGUGGCUUGGACCACUGCCGCCUGUGGUGCUGUUGGGGAACCUGAAAAAGAAGAGCGCUUUUUGACCAGCGAUCCAUGUGAGGAACCAAAAUGGUUGUUGAGGGCCCCGCCAACCUCAAGUGCGUUCCAUAGGAAUUUGUCUUUCCAUGAAGCGGUAAAUUGCAUCGUUUUAAUAAGAUAAUACAUGGCUAUGGCAUAUGUUAUGAUUAGGAAAUAAAAAUGUUGAACAAAAUAAGCAAUCAGUAAAAUUACAUAAUAAUAAUAAUGAGGGUAAGCAGUACAGAAGCUGGACAGAUGAGUCUCUCUCCUAAAAUAAUGCCCUGUAAUUUUUUUGCCCAAAUGUAUUUAAAACAAAUAAAAUGUUGGUCACCUGCAAAAAUCACCGUCAUACUUUAACAAUCAUGUAAUUCUACCCCUGUAGUGAAUUACAUACAACGUAGUGUUUGUUUCAGUUUUUGUUUUAGGAAAAGCCCUCAAAAUUGAAAAAGGUUUGGGCAAUUGUACAUAACAUUACGAUAAUCCCCGACAUAUUCACCCAUUUGUGCAUAUUUGGGUAACUUGUCCUCAGUUAUUCAUUCAAAAACAGUUCAACAACACUUUUUGCUCAGGCCAAAUCACAGGUCUUUGGUUCCAAGGAAUUUAUGUAUGAUGAAGGGAGUUGACUUUUAUUUAGAUAAAAGUAGUGCUUUGUCGCCAUCUUGUGUAAUGUAUAGGUAAUUAAAACUUUUACAGGGUGUCAAUUAUGCACUGCAUUUUUUGCAGCAGGCCUCGCUCUAUGAAUCGCUAUUUAAUCAUAAAAUAAAAUAAAAAAAAGGCUACAUUGUGCUUUUUUUUUUUAAUGUGCUGACAUUUUGAGCACCAACUGCAAACUAAGUUGGGACAGUGACGACAAUGACGACGUUGCUAACAUGAGGACAACCCAGAUGUGAGCAGCAGCCUGUACUUUUCCUACAGCUGGUUUAGACAAACAUGCGCAAUCAUUUUGCAAGAGGAUUACAAAUUGGUGUAUUUUAGGAGACCAUAAUCUGUGACUCAGACAUAAUCUCUAAAACUGCUACAGUACUAUUCUAAAAUGGUGCACAAAAUAAAAAAAACACUGAAGGGGUUCUGAAUGCAUGCUCACGAAUCAAGACCAAAACUGUAUGUACCUGAAGCUGCCGAAGCCACGACUCUGCUGCAGCGUCUGUGCAAACAUCUCGUAUUUGCGGAUGUCGUUGUCGCUGACAGAGCGGCGGGCGAAUCGCAUGGCCUCCUCAAAAUGGUCCUUCCUAAUCUCAGGCACGGGGUCAUCCUCUUCCACCUCCUACGAAGAGCAAACGUGUUGAAAAUAAUAUUGAACUUGAUCGGGGCCAAGACCAAAGGAUGAGGACUGACCAUAGCUAAAGGAUUGGUCUGCCUCUCCCUCUCUCUGCGGAUCUCGUUCUCGAUGCUCUCCCUGAUGGCCAGUUUACACGCCCUCUGGCAGAUCUCUGUGAGGUCAGCUCCUGAGAAGCCAUUGGUCAUCUUUGCCAGGUAGUCCAAGUUCACAUCCUGGUGUUGGAUUGGAAAAGAAAAGAAAAAAGACUCUGAUCACACAACCCAAGAUGCAGUGUUUGAGGAGAAUAUAAUACAAUAUGCAUGGGACUAUUGUUGUAUAAGGAUUUAUUAGCUCGUCCAUGAAGUUUCACAUUAUAGGUUAGCAUUAAGCUAAGAAAGACGUGUUUGAAUAUUCCUGUUUAAAUAUACUAUGUUUAAUCUUUUGUUUUUGUCUCAGCUUUACAGUAAAACUUCAACUGGGAGUGAUGAAAUAAACACUUGAAGCAAGCACAA